AUGGGUUUUGAGAUCUCGAUUCCUAGAUCGAAUCCCAGGUUUAGAUUCUCCUUAGCCAGUCAAGCAGACGACUUGCAGCUAUACUUCCCCCAAAGCACGCCAGAGUCAAGCUGGGAGGAAGGGAAUGAGUUGCAAGAGAGGAAGGUGGCCUGGCUUCGACGUGGUUUUGGAGAAGCAGCGGCGGGGCAGCGGGUGGCAUUUGUGGAGGAUUAUGAAUUUGAUGAGCCCAACCAGCCCAUGCGCGACGAUCCGCCCCGCCGAUCUGCUCAGGUGUCCAGGCCAAACCCUAUGUAUCAUUGA